AUGCAUGCUGGAGUUUUUCUUAAUGAUGCUAUUUUAUUAGAAAAGGCAGGUCUUAUUGCUAUGCAAUUAAAUAUAACUGACGAAAUUUUUAAAAAAUCAAAUGGAUGGUUAUCUCGAUUUAAAGUACGCCAUGGCAUACAUCAAAUCAAGUUACAUGGUGAGGCAGAUAGUGCUCCGCUGGAUGCUCUUCCUGAAAUGCGUGCUACACUUCAAGAACUUCUUUCAACAUAUGCACCUAAAGAUAUCUUUAAUGCUGACGAAACUGGACUUUUUUGGAGAAUAUUACCAAAUAAAACACUUUCAAUUGCACCACUUACCAUUGCAACAAUAUCAAACUGUUGGAAGAAAACUCAAAUUAUAACUACCGAUACUUCUAUGUCUAUUAAUAUAGAUAAACAAGAAGACCAAUUACAACAGUUAGAUUUGGCUUUAAAUACACUCAAACCUUUAAUAAAUUAUGAAAUUAUAGAAUCUCAAGAUUAUAUUGACAUUCCUACCGAAAACACGGCUAUUCACCAUAUGCUUAGUUUAGAAGAAAUUAUUAAUACUGUCAGUCAACCUGAAAAUAGUAUUACUGAAAAUAGUGACGAUGAGUUGACCCCUCCUUAUCUACUCAAGAUUGACUUACAGUUCUUCGUCAACUUACCCAUGAACUUAAUGAAAUUGUCAUAUUAUCGGGAGUUGACUCUAUUCUUUAGCGAGACCGUUGAUGUUGUUCCAAAAAGAAUGCCAGAGUACUAUUAUUAUCGAACCAUGUGGUGGGAAAAAGGUGACUUCAAUCCAAAAGCAAAUUGGGAAGAAGCAACGGAGGAUUCUGUCACAUCCGACCCAUACUGGCCAUGUGAAAAGCUUCAGGAUAGGGGAUUAAACGUUGUCCACUUCUGGCACGAUGAGAGUUUUGAGAAUGAUGAUAAUUCAUCUAAUGAUCUUUCGGAUAAGGAUGAUAAUUCCUCAUCUAAUGCACUUUCAGAUGAGAAUAUUCCAGUAGAAAAUUUGAUCUCCGUGCACGAAGGGAAGUUAAUUAUAAUGUUGGAUCUUUAUCGAAAAGGCGUCGUAAAAACAAGCCCUUUUAAUCGGAGAAGUUUCGAAUGGUCCAUUCGUUCAGACACACCAUCCACGACGAUGACGACUUCGUUGUAUGUGCUAUCCUCUCCUGGUUCCAUUAUUAGCGAUGAAUUUAUAAAGGCAGAAAAACACAGACACUAUAUGGAUUACCUUAUCGGUCCUGGUGUUUCCGAGUGGCACCUGAAUGAAGAUUCAACACGAGUAAACGGCUCAAUCACAUAA